CACGCGCUCAUUUUCCAUCCAUAACUGAUCACAAUAUCACAUAGUAGCAGCUUAUGAAUACUAAACAUUUUUCAGCUUCUUUUGCAAUCUCUUGUUAAGGGAACAAACUUCUUCAUUCAUCUCUUCUCGCGCCAGUUGCUUAAUUCGUGGUCAUCCCAAUCGAACUUUAGACAAAAUUAGUGCAGAAACUUCGGAUUGUGGUGAUUGGUCAACAUUCCAAGAGGAGAAAUUCAAGAACAUAUAUGAACAGGUGACGCAUCUGGAGAAGGAAAAAUGUAGAACUGCAGUUGAUUGCUGAUGAUAUUUAAGGACUAAGGAUGGAGGUAUAUCAGUAGAACAUCUAGAAGAAUGGGGAACCUUGCGUGUAAACCACUAGAAAAAGCGAUUGACUUACUCCUGGAAGCGAGUAUUCGCCAGCUUGAUUAUAUUAUCAAUUAUGAAGAUCAUGUUAAGAAUAUAAAAGAACUCGAUGAUAAGCUUGAGAAGAAUGAGCUAACAGUGAAGCACCUUGUUGACGCUGCAAAAAAUAAUGCAGAAGAAAUCACACCAACUGCUGAAGGUUGGCUUAAGAAGGUGGCGGAAAAGAGGGAAGAAAGUAAGGAGUUUCACGAUGACAAAAUGCUUGAAUCCAAGACAAGUUGCUUUAGCGGGGGCUGCUCUAGCGGGGCUCUGCCUUUCUUGUGGCACAGGCGUCAACUUGGCAGGAAAGCAAAGAAGAUAUUGGCACCCAGUAUUGACAAUCUAAAUAAGGAAUUUUCCCAAGUUACAAAAGCAAUUUCUGGUGGUCCAAAAGUUCUAAAGAUUGCGGAUAGCAAUCGCUAUCAUGAGUUUGAAUCAAGAAAGGGUAUAAUCGACAAGAUCAUGGAGAAAUUAAAAGAUUCGAGGGUGAGGAUGGUUGGGCUGCAUGGGCCUAGUGGUGUGGGCAAGACUUCUUUGCUCUACAAAAUUGCAGAGCAAGCUACUUGCAAUACAAUACUGUUUGAUAAGGUGGCCUGGGCAACCGUAAAGAAAGAUCCAGACCUUCGAAAAGUUCAGCAAGAUAUCGCCGACCAUUUAGGAUUGACUUUUGCAAAUGAAGGUGACGAUAGGAGAGCAGCUCGUUUGAGAGAUGUGUUGACGCAGAAGAAUACCCUUGUGAUCCUUGAUGACCUUUGGGAUGAACUGGAUUUGAACAAGAUAGGGAUUCCAUUUGAUGAUGACAAUGUUUCAAGUGAUGUCAUGCACAAUCAAAGAAAUGAGGCAAAAGAGCAAAGAGCAAAAAUUGAAAAUUCUCCUGGCAACACCAAGGGAUGCAAGAUUUUGGUCACUUCAAGAUUUGAAGAAGUUUUGCGUGUUAAGAUGAAUGUUAAGUCAACUUUCCUUGUGCCAAAAUUAAAGCCUGGCGAAGCUUCAGCAUUGUUUACGAGGGUGGCUGGAAUACCAAAUGAAAAUCCGGAGUUAUCCGAUAUGCUUGACAAGUAUUGUGCAGGGUUACCCAUGCUUGUUCUUAUACUCGGAAAGUCGUUAAGAAAUAAGAGCGAGUCCGAGUUAAAAGAUGAACUACAAAAACUCGGAAACCAAGAACCAAAUGAAGCAAGAGAGGACAUGGAGAAUUACGUGAAGAAGAAUUAUGAUCAUCUAGCAAGUGAGGAGCUCAAGUCUAUUUUGCUAGUUUCAGCUCAAAUAAGUCAUCAAUCACUAAUUGCAGACUUGGUGAAGUAUUGUUAUGGCUUGGGCAUACUUAAAGGUGUCCACACACUGAGGGAAGCUCACGACAGAAUAUCCAAAUCAUCAAUCAACAAGUUAAAAGAUUCAGGGUUGAUGUUGGAUUGUAAUUCUAUUGAUCAUUUCGAGAUGCAUGAUAUAGUUCGAGAUGCUGCUCUAUCCAUAGCAUGCAAGGAGCGCAAGGUAUUUAUCUUGAGAAAUGACAAACUAGAUUUUUGGCCUGACAAGAAGCAACUUCAGAAGCUUUCUGGAAUUCAUCUACACAAGAGUCGUAUCAUGGUUGAACUCCCAAAAGUUUUGAACUGUCCUCAACUCAAAUUCUUCCAUAUCGACAAUGAUGAUCCAAGUUUGCAAAUACCAGACAGAUUUUUUGAAAGAAUGGAAGAUCUCAGAGUAUUAGUAUUAUCAGGAAUCCAUCUAUCAAAUCUUCCGUCUUCAAUUGAAUGCUUAGCAAACCUCAGAAUGCUUUGCUUGGAGAAAUGCACUCUUGGUAACUUGUCAAUUAUAAAUAAACUAAAAAAUUUAAGAAUUCUUAGCCUUUCAGGAUCUAGAAUUGAAGAUUGGCUACCAGAGUUAGAGUGCUUAUGCAAGUUACAGUUGCUAGACAUUAGCGACUGUUUCAUAAACAGAUUUACUCGAUCUCUUUCUUUAUCAAGCUUCACCAGUUUGGAGGAACUGCAUAUAAGAAACAGCUUGACAAAUCAUAGUCAAAUUUCAAUUCUAUCUGAGGUGAAACAUUUGCAUGAAUUGAAUACUAUAGAUGUUUGCAUCCCCAAUGCUGAGUUUUUGCCAACAGACUUGUUCUUUCACGAGUUGAAUGAUUACAAGAUUGUGAUUGGAGACUUUGAGACACUUUCGACUGGGGAUUUCAAGAUGCCCAACAAAUAUGAAACUUCAAGAUCAUUGGCACUGCAGCUAGAAGCUGACAUGGAUAUUCACUCUCUCAAAGGAGUUAAAUUGUUAUUCAAAGGAGUGGAGAAUUUGCUAUUGGGAGAUCUGCAUGGAGUUCGAAAUGCAUUUUAUGAGCUAAAUUUGGAUGGAUUUCCAUAUUUGAAACACUUGUCGAUAGUAAAUAACAAAGACAUUGAAUAUAUUGUGAAUUCAAUGGAGUUGUCACAACCUCAAGAUGUGUUUCCCAAUUUAGAGUUGCUUAGUCUCUUCAACCUAAUUAAGAUAAAGAAGAUAUGUUGUAGUCCUGUUACAGAUUCAUCAUUCUCUAGACUAAAGACAAUCAAAGUGAAAAUGUGCCCCCAAUUGAAGAGUAUAUUCUUUCUUUACAUUGUUAAAUUUCUUACUAGUCUAGAAACAAUUGAUGUCUCUAAAUGUGAUUCUUUAGAGGCAAUUGUUGGUGAGGAAGGAGAAGGAUCCAACAAUAAGGUUGAGUUUCACAAGUUAUGCUCUUUGGCACUACAAGAUUUACCAUCAUUUGUCAGUUUUUACAAUAUCAAUGACAGGGAAAUUGUCCCAGCAGUAACGAAUGAGCAGAGUGCCACAACUUCCAUUUCUCUCUUUAAUGAAAAUGUGGAAAUUCCAAACUUAGAAACUUUGAAGUUGUUUUCAAUCAAGAUUCACAAGAUAUGGAGCAAUCCACCUUCAAAUAGUUGGUUUCAGAACUUAAUAAAGUUAACUAUGAAAGACUGUUGUAACUUGACAUAUUUAUGUUCAUUGUCUGUGGCUUGCAAUCUCAAUAAAUUAAAAAGCAUUUCUAUAAGUGGGUGUCCAUUGAUGGAAAAGUUAUUUGUCACAGAAGGAAAAAAGAAUGUGUAUGCAAAGGUUCGUAUCCUUCCUGAGUUAGAGGAAAUCCAGUUGAGUCAAAUGGAGAUUUUAAAAGACAUAUGGCCACAUGAAGACGAAGUCGGUGCAGAUUCAUUUCCAAGUCUCAUUUCUGUUGAUAUUAGCGAUUGCGAUAAGCUUGAAAUCAUUUUUCCUAAUCAUAUGAAAUGCUGGUAUUUGCAUUUGAAAAGCUUAAAGGUUUAUUGUUGCGUGUCAGUGGAAUUCAUUUUUAAAAUAAGAGGUUCUUCGCAACAAAAUGACACCAAAUCUGCAUUACUGGAGGUUAUUGAUUUGUGGGAUCUCCCAUAUCUGAAGCAAGUGUGGAGUGAAGAUCCAAAAGGAGUGGUUAACUUCACAAAUCUGCAGAGCAUAGAGAUUUCUGAUUGUAACACAUUGAGUAAUGUGUUGCAAGCAUCUAUAGCCAAGGAUCUGGGAAAACUAGAAAGAUUUUCGAUACAAUCUUGUGAUAAUUUGGAAGAAAUCAUUGCGUGUGAUGGAGGAUCAGAAACAACAUUGAAGUUUCCUGAAGUAGUCUCCAUGUCACUUAGGAAGUUACCAAGCAUCCGAUGUUUGUACAAAGGGAGACAUAUUGUAGAGUGUCCAAACUUGAAGCAACUGACAAUGAUUGAGUGUCCAAAUCUGAAGUAUCCAUAA